AUGCGCCGCGCAAUAAACCCACAUCUGGACGAACGCCGACGUACAGAGAAUUCGCUUCAAAUUUGGAUUUUAGAAGCCAAGGGUAUUCCACAGAAAAGGCGUUAUUAUUGUGACCUGGUAUUGGACUCAACGUUAUAUGCCAAAACAUCGACGAAAACACACACUGAACACUGUUUUUGGGGCGAUUUCUUUGAUCUAAAGUAAGGUUUGGGGGAAUAACGUGUUUGAGGUGUAUAUUGAGGAGAUAUUUACUGAUGAGUUGUAUAUUGAGGAGAUAUUUAAAACUAAAAAUUUUAAAAUUUAAAAAAAAUGAAUUUCCAGGUCCCUACCAGCACUCAGAAACGCGGUAAUCAACCUAUACAGAGAGCAAGAUCCAAGAAAAGAAGGACCAUCACACUCUAAUAGGACAAGUUACUAUCAAUAUCGACCAGUUCAAAGGACGACAACCUAAUGAGAAAUGGUAUGUAGUUUUUAGAUCUUUAAAAAAUUUUGUUACCUAAAAUACGAUUUUUGGAAUUGUUACUUAACAUUAGAUCUUUGAGAUUGUUACCUAAAAUUAAAUUUUUUGAAAUUGUUCCCUAAAAUAUUGUUUUUAAGAUUGUUACCUAAAAUAUGAUGUUUUGGCAAAAAAAGUCAUUUUGAUGAUAUUGCUGGUUCAUAUUUCGUAAAUUUAGGUAUAUUAUAAGAUAUGUAAUCCAAAUUUUAUAACUUUAAGCCUACAGUAACAUAAGUUACAUUACUUUUCUUAUUUGCACGCAAAAACAUGACCAAACUUGAUCGUUUUCUAAUUCAAAUGGUCGUUUUCAUGGUCACGGUCCGUAUUUAGAGUCGAAGAAAAUGCGUUUUAGUGACCAAUAAAGGUUAUGUUUAUUUAAAAAAUUAAAGAUUUUGCAAGAUAUCACGGUAACAACAUAGUCAUACCUACUACAAUAUAAUUUUUAGCCAAAAAAUAUAAACCUUUAUUUUCACAUAAAAUUUCAGGUUCACCGUAACGACAGGCAAUGAAAACUCCAGGUCAAUGCUCUCAAAGAGCCCAGAACCAGUAGCAAUUCGAAUAAAAGCUCGCUACCAGACAGUAGAUGUUCUACCACUAGUCGUAUAUAACCGUCUAAACAACUUUGUCAAACUCAACUACCAGUCCCUGUGCGAAAACCUGGAAUCAGCCUUAGGCGUGAAGCUAAAGGAAGACUUUGCAACAUGCCUGGUCAAGGUUUUACAUCGACAACGCGUGGUAAAAGACUUUCUCUGCGAUAUUAUCAUGGCCGAAGUGGCUCAACUCGACAACGAUCACCUCAUGUUCCGCGGCAACUCGCUAGCCACCAAAUCCAUGGAAGCCUACAUUAAACUGGUCGCAGCUGACUACCUACAUAAUACUCUGGGAAAAUUCGUCAAGUCUUUGGUGGUGAAUCCACCCACUUGUGAGGUUGAUCCAACUAAAAUGUCAUCGAAUUCCACCACCGCGCUGAAUGCGAAUAGGAAGAGAUUGAUGGAGGCGGUGGAGCAGGCAUGGGCUUGUAUCGUCAAAUCGGCUUCUAUUUUUCCACAACAACUUCGAGAGGUCUUCCAUGCCUUGAGAAGAAGGUUGGAUGAACAAGGAAAGGGUCACAUGGGUGAUAAGUUGGUUUCGGCUUCGAUCUUCUUGAGGUUCUUGUGUCCGGCCGUGCUUUCACCUAGUUUGUUCGGAUUGGUAAGGGUUUAGGCAUUGAUUGCUGAUUAAUAAGGUAGAGAAGAACCUUGCAAAUCUGAUAAUAAUAUGCUAGAAAAGAACCUUCAUCUCCACAUGACUGGUGCCAAUAACAAUUUUAAAAAUUUUGAAGCUAAUAGCAAGAUCAAAAGGUUUGAAAUGCCUGUAAAAAUUAAACAAGGAACCCUUUCAACUAUUGCAUAUCAAAUUUCUAAAGUUUUUGGACAUCUACGCAACAUUUUAUAUUGUUUUAGUUGAUAUAGGUAUCAAAACUGGCCUAUAUAAUUAAAGAUACCCUCCUCCAUUUUGUUUCAUGCCUAAAAUCAGAAAACAAACAAAUAAAUAACUCACUUUUACAGUUUAACAUCCAAAAUUUCAGGUAUCAGAAUACCCAUCCGAGCAGGCGUCUCGCAACUUGACAUUGAUCGCCAAAACCCUCCAAACUCUGGCGAAUUUCACGAAAUUCGGCGGAAAAGAGAGCUUCAUGGAGUUCAUGAACAACUUCAUCAUCAAAGAGACAAGACCAAUGCACUCCUUCCUCGUCGGCAUCUCACAUCCACCAUUGUUGAACGAGAAAGCGAUCACUGCAUCGAAUAAUGACAUCGAUAGUGAGAUUGAUCUGGGCAAGGAAUUGAGCUGUCUACAUUCGUACCUCGAGGAACAUUGGACUAAUGAGGUGAGGAUUAGGUAUUUAUAAUCGUAUUUUAAGUCGAUUGUUUAGUUUAGAAGGAAGAGUUUCUUCGGCUGAUAAAAAAAUUUUAGAGAGAAAGUCUUGACACAUAAAUGAACUUUUGGGUCAAGUUUUUCUCUUUGUAGAAAAACAUUGUUUUUGGUCGAUCUUUGGCCCUUUUUGAUAAAAAGUAGUAAAAAGCAUUGCAUUUAAAUAGUUUUUGAAGGUUAUAAAGGAAAAAUUAUUAAUAUUCACUAAAAUUUUGCUCCUUUCAGGUCCAUGAAAAAGCCAGCCAAGAAGACGAGAACAUGGCCCAACUUCAAGCCAUUAUCGCCGAAAUUGACAUGUGCCGAACACGAGAAUACACUCCACAAUCUACGUUCUCAUCAUUCUCAUCACGACAAUCUACAAGUCCACCAUCAGACUACGAAAACAAUGUUAAACCUCAACCACCACCCAAAAGUCGCCAAAGACAAGCGGCCAUGAACUUGAACACGGUCGAUGAUUACGUUAUGGGUGCCGCAGUAACUCCUGAGCCUACGACAAGGUCAAAAAGUCAACAGAGAUUCUUUUACCGUGAUAUGAAUGAAGGAAGAGUGUAUGAUGGGCAAAAUGGAGGGGAAAGAACUAGGUAUGAACAGCAAAGUGGAAGGUUUGAUGUGAAUGGACGAGUUGAUCAGAAUGGUCGAUUCGAUGGUCAGAAUGGUCGACUAGAUAGCCAGAAUGGUCGAUUUGACGCAAGAUACGAUGUUAAUAACAUAAAGGAUGGCCUAGAAGCUCAAUUAAGAGGCAGAAAUGGCUCAUUCGGGCUUGUUGAUGGUUACAACGGUCAGUUUUCGGCUUCAGAAGGCCUUAAGGGCAUGGAAAGUCAUGUGAUGAACCGUGAAAGCGCAGCUUAUCGAGAUGAUGGUGUAGUGUAUCGAGAUGGUCAAUUAGGUCACGAUCAACCACGAAAACCACGUGAAGGUUUAUCCAAAAGAUUCUCCAUGCCAUACGGCAAUCAGAAUAUCUAUGAUGUUACUCCAAGUGCUCGAGAUGGAUAUCAUUUGUACGAUGAAGUGUCACAAGAUCUGGACUAUAAGAAUGACUUUAGUAAUGACUACAAAGCUGAUUAUCAACAAGAUUUUAAGCCUGAAGAGCCAAACGCAAGCCUAGACCCCGCCGACGAUGAAGCCACGGAUUCAGAAGCCGAAGAAGCCUCGGAACGAAAAGUUACACCAAGAAAGACGAGGAGAAAGAGCUACAUGGACAUGAGGAUAGAUAUGGACCCAGAAUCCAGACGACUAUGCGUACCGUCUUCAGGGUACCAAAGCCAAAACCAAAGUUGCUAUUCAUCAUCAUCCAACAGCCCAAACGACACAUUCGGCAAAGAGAAAACACCGUAUGAUAGUCAGAAGUACGCGAACUAUCUCAAAGACAACCUCUCAUAUCACACGGCAACAACAACAUCAUGCUCAUCGACCUCAUCAGGUCAUAACGAAGAGGAUAAACGACCAUAUCAGCUCAGUCGAAGUCAAACUAACAAUGAGAGAGUGCCGUACACAAAGACACGGUCUAAUUACAGAGCACGAUCGGUGGUGGCACAGCUACCUGAUAUGGAACCAAAACUGUCGAAUAGUACUUCAUGUCAAUCGAUUAGUGCUAGGGCGGUCACGGAUGAGGAUUUGGUAAGAGAUUUUGAGGUUUGGAGGGUUUUUAAAGUCUUUUAAACAACAUUUUUUAAAAUUUUUGGGCGUGGUAAAAAAAUGUUUGGGGGUGGAUAAUUUUUUUGGUUAGCAUGGUGAAGAAAACGUUUUGAAAAAGCUUGGGCAACUAUUUUUUAGGUAAACUGAAGAAAAAAUUUAGGCGGGGUAAAAAAAUUUUUUGGGGGUUGAUACAUUUUUUUCAAAAUUUUUAAUUUUUUUAUUAUUUCAGCACUUGAUUGAAGAACAAAAACGACAAAUUGAUGAAUUAUUGCGGGAAAAUGAAAAUUUGAAACGGGCCUUGGCUGAACAUCAUGGAAGCCAUGUGGAGUUGAAUGUAAGGUUUUGUUACCUAAAAUUUAUUUUUUUUAAAUUUUUUGUUUUAUAUUGUUGUAGGGCACAAAUGACAUUUAUUUUCGAAAAAAAAUGUUGGAAAAUGGCAGUUUUUAAUUUUUUUGUUACCUAAAAAAUUUUUUUUAAAAGGUUUUAAAAUUUUUAAUAAAUGGGGGUUUUGUUAUAUAAACUGACACACCUUGUCAUAAAAUCUUAAAAAAUUAUUUUUGUUACCUAAAACCUUAUUUUUCUUGAAAAAUUUUGUAAAAAAACUUUUUUGUUGUCUAUUAGGUUGUAUAAAAAGUAAUGAGCUAUGGUUUUUUUGGCGUUUCUGAGUUCAGUAGCUCAUUACUUUUUAUACAACAAAUAAAAAGUAAUUUUAUUACCUAAAAUAAUUUUUUUUAAAUUUUUAUUAUGAACUAUUAUCUAAAACAAUAUUACCACCCCUAAUGCCCACCCAAUUUCAGGCCAGACCCCUCUCAAACCAGCCGUUCACGGUCCAACUGUCACCGUUCUAG